GUAAUUCGUGCGCUCAAGCCUCUAUGUGCUCUACCGUACUACUGUACUAUGUUCAUAAUGUGAUACUCGACUAAUUAUAACUGGCCGCAUAAAACAAUAAAAUGUGUUCUUAAUUUGAAAUAAUGUAAUCAUAGAUUAUGUAACUUUUUAAUUCGCGAGUGUCUGUGUGCUAAUCGUGUUCUAUAUUUGAAAUAUUCGAAUUAAUAAAAAAAAAUUAUCGCGAGUGCAUGUAAACACGUAAUGUGGGUCAGGUGUGAAGAAGAAUUAAAAAAUUAAAAUAUUGUCUACUAAUUAAAAUAAAAUUCACGCUGAUCUAAAUUUAACAGAAUAUAACGAACUAAAUAUGAUUGCAAAAGCUAUUAGCAUCAAACACAAUUGUAAUAAGUGAGCUGUAAGAAUGUAAUGGCCAGCAGAACUGUGAGGAAAGUAAAACGCGGUAAAGGCAAAGACUCGAAUAUAAUUGGCAUUUCAUUUGAAGAUUCUCAUCUUCCGACCAUAAUUGUUACCCCACCAGAUAAAGAUAUGAAAGUCAAGCUACUAAAAAAAAUAAUUGAACAGAAAAAUAUCACUAAAGUUAAUGAAACCGAAACUACUAACUUAGCAAAUCAAAUUAUAAACAUAAACUCAAAUAUAUCUGUAGAUAAAAUGGCAGAAUUCAGUGUAAACCAACUUAUAGCCGAAUUAUCAGAAAACUCAAAAGCAUCUAAAGAUGAAAUAGAAAAUAUACAAAGAAAGUUACUACAGCAAGCCAAUGAGAUAUUAAAAGUAAAUGCUUUUGCAAAUUCACAACCACUAACCGAACCCCGCAUCGUAGAUAGCACGCAAAAGUAUGGAAAUAGCAAACCAGUGUAUGGCAGAAUUCCAGUCGUUGUACCGAGAAAUCCGAACGCAGCACCUCAAGUGGUAAACGUUGUCGUAACAAAUCACCAAGAUCGCAGAUGUGACAUUUCGCGCCAAAACCUGACUAGACCAAACAUGGCGGUCAUUCCGAAGGCCGACGACGUGCGCCGCGCGGGCAAUCAACUUAACGACACACAGCUAGUCCCCGAGAAACUCCAAGAUGUUUCCGCGCAAUUCCCCAUGGAUAAUACGGGCGCAAUGAUAAAUAGCGACCAGGGAAAUAUGCAAAGGGUCGGUUCGUCGGCGGUGGACGCGGGAAGAGGUGCUUUUUUCUACGAAACAGGUUCUGCAACGAGUCGCCCGGCUGCCAGUGCGCGCGCCGCUCCGACAAGAGGCACUGUCGAAGGCGUGCCCCCGUACAGGAUGCCACCAGCGCCGGAGGCAGCCCUGCCCGGCGCCCCGGCGCCGUCCGCCCCCGCCGCGCUCCACACACACUCCGCCAAGUUUCCUAUAGAACGAGAAGUAAUACUGUCAUCAGGCGACAAGAACUCCAAAGUGCCAAUACUGCAAGAAGCCAGGAAGCGUGGUAGACUAGGAGCUGUGGCCCCGGACACUCCCCCUAAAGCGCUGUCUGCCUGGACCCACGCAGAGAACCAGCAAGCUGGGACAUCUGGUGACAACUAUAGACAAUACCACGAGAAUUAUAGCUACGCAAUGCAUCAAAAUCAAAACCAAGGCGCCAUAUCCAGAAAUGUUCAAGGACAAUACGAUUCACCAAAACCUCCGAUCCCGGCCAAAAAUUAUGGUCAAAAACCUGAUACACCAAACAAUUCACAACUCAUAACGGUCACAGUCGAAACUGGAAAAGACAACACAAGAGAUGCGCCGAAAAGUAAUAAAUCUGUAAGAAAAACAUAUCACACUCUUAAAGAUAUGAUAUCUAGUAGAUUUAAGAGUAAAGAAAGCCACGACAGUGAUAAAGGAAAUGAACAAGAGGCAGGAUUAAAUAAUAGUGAAGAGAGAAAGAGGCCUGAGCCUGAGCAGAUUACACCUAGAGAUAACGGUAAUAGAAAAUUGGAACAAGGUAUAUACGGCCGACCAAUCCCGCAAAACAGACCGGAUAUGCAAUACAACCAUGGAAUACCCAAUAAUAAUAUGGCGUAUCCCAGUCCCUCCCCACACAGACAACUGAUGCAGCAACAAAUAGCCCAACAGCAUAUGCUUCUGAACCAGCAGGCCAGAUCGCAAGAAAUGCUGGCCUCGACACCCCUUGCUCGCCAGUCCCAAGCUCUUGGAGCCGAUGCGCUGUACCAGCACUAUGGCCCUCCAGGUAGAAGGAGUGCGGUAUACCAGAGAGACAUCGACGUUAGAUCCAUGGCUAACUUCACCUCGUUAAAGACUGGACCGCAAACUCAGUUCGAUAAUUCACAUUCACGACCUGAUCUCCGAAGUCCACAACAAUUAGAAAGAGAAAUAAUAAGACAAAGAGGUUUAGUGGAAGGAAGACGGGCAGCGUCACAUCCGCAUCUAUUGGAUGAUCCUCAACCAAGAACUGAAGUGACCACUCCACAGAUACACGACCGAUCUAGAAGAAACUCUCAUGGGAAUCUUCUAGAUGGAGCAUCUAAUGAGACUUGUUCACCGAAAAAUAUUUGUGAUGAAAGAGAAUCAGACGAUGGGGGAUUUAGAACGAGAUUAGUUGCACAGGGUAGAUCCAGUUUUGAAGACCGAAUCCGCACUAGCGGAAGAUCAAUAGAAUCUCACAGACAAGAAAGACUUCAAGAAAAUGUUUAUAGAAGAACACCCGAAAUACAUAAAGAGCGAAGAACACCGGACUCGAUGGGACAGAAACAGAAAGAAGAAACGAUAGUUUCAAGUCAAGCCACAGAGAGAAAUGAUGAGAGUGCAAGUCAAAAGUCUGCUGAUAGUGUAUAUAAUUCUAACGCUAAGGCUGAAAAUUAUAAUCCUCAACCAUCUUCGUCGAGACAGACUCCAAAUAGGAUAGAAGAUUUAAAAGCUCAUGGAAAGAAAGGUGCUGGUUCCGGUGCCAGUUCAGACUACGACAAAAACGGUGGGCAAUCAUCUAAUGUGGACUCUGGACGUGGUAGCGUGGCGUACUCCAGCGGAAGAAGACCAGAGGCUAGUCUACAUGACACGUCGGCUGAUUCAGAUGCGGUCGGCCCUUCGAGGAUGCAACCGCAGCCAGGAACUAGCCAACAACCUCCUGGACCAACUGGCGAGAACGAAUGGGCAGACUUAGUAGAAUGUGAGCUGCGGCAGAUCUUGGAACCGAAGCUGGCGGGCAUGAGGCUCGACUCCUCGGGAAGUUCCGAUAGCUCAGUGACGCCGCCACUGCCACCAUUGUCUCCCUCUUCUGAUAUGCACAAACGAAAUAGUCUUCCAGGCCGCGCGUCGGAGUAUCCCGAGGAGAGAAGACGCGGACGAGACUCACCACGCUGGCACUCGCACAAGAAACAUUCAUCGAAACGAGACAGUCAUUACAAGAAACAUUUAUUCGGAUUGGAUACAACAGACAUGACGUCAACAACCACACGGAGCCUGGAUCUCUCGUCACUCCUGGAUGGCAGGACGGACAGCGACGCGUCCACGGGGGACGCGAGGGCUAUCAGGAGGCAACUCCGAGGGCUGGAGAACAUGUACGCUGAAGUGUUGCAACUGUUAGGCGUAAGGAAGCCGGCUAGUCUGGCGAAACAGCCCACUUGGGAAUCGAGGCUAUCGUCGAAGCGCCGCUACGGUAGCAUGUCGUCCUUACCCUCGAGCUCAGUGAGUAGCAGACCGGUCCGGGACAAAAGACGCAGCUCUAAUGAUCACAGAAAGAAACACGAUCUCAAGGGCAUCAACAAGCGGUUCCAGCGGCUGGAGUCGCACGUGGUGACGCUGGCGCGCUCGGUGGCGCACCUGUCCAGCGAGAUGCGCACGCAGCACCUCGUCAUGCAGGAGAUGGACAACAUCCGCGCGGAGAUCGCCGCGCUGCGCCACAUGUACAAAUCCCAACAGCACAUCCGUUCGGGUCACCACAGACACUCGGACCCGUACUCGUUCAGCAACCCGGAUCGGGUCAAACGGCUCACCAAGUUCUUUGGAGACGAGCCGCCCCUCAUGAGGUUAUUCUUGAAAAAACUCGGUUAUGAGAAAUACGCAGCGCUACUGGAGAAAGAGAAAGUGGGUGCCGCAGAACUGCCCUACGUGGGUGAAGACAAGCUGCGGGCGCUUGGGGUCCCCCUGGGUCCUCGCAUGAGGAUAUUGAAAGAGGCCGGCAUACAUCAAGACUUGCGGAGGGACGAUCCUCACAACACCACCACCACUUUGGCUAUUGUAUAGUUGUAUUUGAAUUAAUUGCCCCUACAGGAGGAAACUCUUGAAUGAGAAAAAGAAGAAGAAGAAGAAGAGAAUUUAAUUGUAAAAUCUUCUCUAUCAGAGUGUCUAGUGUGGGGUAUAAUCUAAGCUAAUAUGUAUUAUAAAGAGCAAAGAUUUGACCUUAUUGUUUGUAAUGGAAAAACUCAAAAAAUUCUAAACCGAUUUUAAUAAUUCUUUCACCUACAGAAUGCUACGUUAUCAGCCAGCAAUUUGGACUGUAUUUUCUUUUUAAAAAACCCAUGCGAACUCGGAUCAUGUCACAAGUAUUAUAUAACCUAUAAGCUCUAGACACACACAUCGCUGUUCUGAUUUUGAUACGCGUAUGAACGCAUUCUUUGCGUGACAAAAUCCGAAAUGAGGAUAUCCGCAAAGGAACCAAAAUAACUGACAUAGUCCAAGGGAUGAGCAAGUUGAAGUGGCAAUGGGUUGAUCACAUAACUUGAAUAAACCAACAACCGAUGGGAAAGAAAGGCUCUUGAGUAGCAAGCCUGUAAGAACAAAUACAUUGUAGGACUACCCCUCAUUAGACGGAGUGACGACCUCAAAUACAUUGCAGGGAGUCAGUGCAGGUGGCUCAGGACCGUUCCAUAUGGCAGUCUAUGGGGAGGCCUAUGUUCAGUAGUGAAUAGAUAUCACCUGAUAUGAUGAUGAUGAACGCAUUUUAUUGUAACGUGUGAACUUAGAUAGACAACAACUAAAGCCAGGUUCUUUAAAUAAAUAAUCGAAUCGUGCAUUCCUCUAAAUAGAUUUAUUUCCUUCAAUAAAAAAAAAAUACAAUUUAAUUAAUCAAUUAAAAAUCUUAAUAACUGUGAUGAAAAAUAAAUGACUGAUAAAAUAAAGUUCAGAAAAUUUUAAUUUGUAGUUAUUAAUUUGAGAUAUAAAUAAAAGUUAUAAAUAUGUACUUUCAGUUUAGUUGAAUAACAGUGUCUUAGUAUUAAUUAACCAUAAGUCAAAGUAUAAUUAGAUAUCUAUAGUAAAAUACAUACCAUUAAUUGUCUUCAAUACUUAAUUGAAACUAGAUCAUAAAAAUAAAAAUAAGAACCUAUACACAAUAAUUCCUAGCCGAAUAUUGUUUAAAUUCAAUAUAAAAUAUAUGUCCCGACUUGUUAUGUUGUCAUUCGGGACAUGUCAAAAAUGUCGGAUCACUGGUUGUUCUACAAAGGCAAAAUAAUAACUACUACGGCAAUAGCAAUGACCGUUGUUACAUUUUCGUCUGCCUCUUAACUCGAAUAACUUGAAUAAAGUGAAUAGGUUUAGAAAAAAAAAUACUCAAAUAGAAUAUUAACGGAUGACGUAAUAUCCACAACAAUGUUUAAAAAGUCAUUAUUAAAAAUGCAAUCUGUAUUAGGCAUUUUAGUCUGAUGUAUUUGUCAUGAUAUAUACUCAUAAUAAUAAUAAUAAUAAAUUAUAAUUCUGUAUAGAUUAAUUUAUAGAGGAAUAUUGUCGUUUAUUGACAAAGUUACAAAUUCAAGCCAAAUCUACAAAAUUCUAUUUUUGGUCCCAUGAAUUGUUUCUGAAAAAAAAAAUUAAGAAGGCUCUCUAUUAUUAUCAUAAAUUUCUUAAACAUAGUUUCGAAAAAAAAAUUGUAGGUAGGGUUAUAGUGAUUUAAGUUUACGAUCUUUAAGAUUUACAAAUAUAUAUAAAAAAAAGCUUAGUGAAAUAUCGAUCUAACUCAAAAUUAACGAAAUGAGUAUAAGUGAAAUACCGACUUCAAAAAUUUACAGAUUUCACAAUCUAAAUAAGAAAUAAGUCUGUUUAAAAACAUUUUUAAUCCGUCAUCUUGUAGUUGCGGCCAUUUUCUUUCAAGCCUCUAUUAACAGAGUUGUCAAAAUAUAUACAAUUUUUGUUUUAUAAUAACAAAGAUAAAACACCUCUUCUUUUUCCUGAACUACGUUAUGUAAUUUAAACUCAUUUUAUUAUAUUUCAGUUAGGUCAAUAACUCUAAGGGCGUAUUUACGCAGUACGUUAAUUUUAAUGUAUAUUUACUCGUAGAUUUGCAUGUAAAUUUUACGCACUCUGCAAUGGUAUGCCAAAGAGAUUACUCGGCGUGUGUAAAAUAUCCAAUGUAUUUAAUUGUAAAUAAUUAUAAUAAUUAAAUAUGUAAAUAUAUUUUAAACGUACAACGAAUUCCAAACAACGUGCUCGAUUUAUUUCAACUAUUUUUAUAUGCCCUUUAAUUAGGGUUUUUUUUUUUAUUGUAAAUUUAAUAAAAUUUUACACUUUUUAAAGGAA